AUGAACUAUUACGACGAGGAGAUCACAAUCAGCGGACCAGCGGAUGGCAAGCAUCUCAGCAGCAUGCAAACGGAGCGACAGUCUGGAAGGGGCGGUGCGGCGGGCGGACAGCGGGCGGGCGGUAGGCAGCGUCAUAUGCAGAUGCAGGGCAGCUCCGCGGACGAUGACGGACUGCUGCAGGAUAUCAUAGAUCACGACGACGAUGAGGCCGACGACAGCGAAGACGACGACGACGACAGCGAGCUGCAGCUGGGCGGCAUUGCUGCACCAGUGCCACGCCCCCAAACACGUCCGGGCAGCACACGAAAUGCCAAAGGGCCGCAGCCAAUGAUCGCCGACGAUCACCUGAGCUUCGGCAGCUCCGACGAGGCAACCGGCGAGCAAGCGCCAACAGGCGCCAAAUUGGCGCACCAGAAGCUGCCGCUGCCCACGCAACAGAAGCGCAGCGCCGGGCAGGAGGUGUCCACAUUUAAUCUGACGCCGGACAAAUGGGAGCAGCUGCCGUUGCAGCCGGAGCUAAAGGAGCUCUUUCCGUACAUACUCAAGUAUACGCCGCAGGCAAUCGAGACGCCGUACCAUCUGCAGCCCUUCAUACCGGAGUUCGUGCCCGCCGUGGGCGAUGUGGACGCCAUGCUGAAGGUGCAGGCGCCGGCGCUGCUGCAGCCGCAACGGCAACGCGAGCUGGACGAGCAGCUGCAGCGCCUGGGCCUAAUGCUGCUGGACGAGCCGUCGGGCGCACAGAGCGAACCGAGUCUGAUGAACAUCAAGAUGCGCUCGGUGCUGAGCGGCAGCCGAGGCGACAAUGCCCGGCAUGGCGCCUACUCCGCCACGCUGGUGCCCACGGCCAAGUCUGGCAAGGAUAUCGAAAAGUGGAUUGGCGAGGUCGAGCAGGUGCACAUGACGCAGGCCAUGUACGAUGCGCAGCCCCGCAAGGAUAUCGAUGCACUGCUGCUGGACUGGCCGCGCUCCUUUGGCGCUGCGGCCACCAAGGAUGCCCUGGACGAGGCCUAUCGCGCCUGUCUGCAGCAGCAAAUCUCGCUGGCCGACUAUGUGCGUGUGCUCUGCGAACGCUUCGGCGUGGAGGGACCACUCGAGACCCAAUCGGAUUACAUACACAAUAUCCAGACGCUGUUUGCCCUCUACCUGGCCGCCAGUCAGGCCUGGGAGUAG